AUGGAUCGGAGUCGGAGGCGGCAAUGGGGCCUCGCCUGCGCGUUGGUGCUCUUGUCGGCUCUCCUGGGGGUCGCAUCCUCGCAGUCGCCGUCUCCGGCGCUGGCGCCCAAGCCGCCAGUUACGCCAUCGCGCAGUGCGGCGCCGCCGGUGACGAAGCCAGCGCCACCCGCACCGAAGCCGUCGUCACCACCCGGGGCGUCCCCGGCGCCGAAGCAGACACCUAGUCCUUCAGCGUCGCCGGCCCCAAAGCCAUCGACACCGCCUACGGCGUCGCCUGUUCCAAAGCCUCCGUCUCCGCCUGCGCCUGCACAGGCGCCAAAGCCUUCGUCCCCACCACCCGCGGCGUCACCGGUUCCAAAGCCGCCGGCGCAGGCGCCGAAGUCCUCGUCCCCACCACCUGCGGCGACACCAGUUCCGAAGCCAGUGUCUCCGCCGGCGCAGGCGCCGAAGCCCUCGUCUCCACCACCUUCGGCGACACCGGUUCCCAAGCCGGUGUCUCCACCACCGGCAGCGCCAAAGCCGUCACCUGCAGCGCCGGCGCCGUCUCCAAAGCCGGCUCCCGCGCCGGCUCCGAAACCGUCUCCUCCUACGGCGACGGCACCACCACCGACACAAAAACCAUCUGUUCCUCCGACCCCGCCGCCGGCACCGGCGCCGACGCCUUCGCUGGCUCUCUCGCCGAGCUUCUACGCGAGCUCCUGCCCGAGCGUGGAGCUGGCGGUGAGCGACGUCGUCAGGUCAGCAUCCACCUUGGACCCCACCAUCCCCGGCAAGCUCCUCAGGAUGGUCUUCCACGACUGCUUCGUAGAGGGAUGUGACGCGUCGGUGAUGGUCCAAGGCAACGGCACGGAGAGGACUGAUCCCGCGAACCUCUCGCUCGGCGGGUUCAAUGUGAUCGACGAAGCCAAGAGGCUGCUCGAAGCCGUGUGCCCUGCAACCGUUUCUUGCAGUGACAUCCUAGUCCUUGCUGCAAGAGAUGCUGUCACAUUUACCGGAGGGCCGUCUGUGCCCGUCUCCCUUGGACGACGUGACAGCCUCGUCUCCCUGGCAUCCAACGUCAGAAGAAACAUCAUCGACACGGGCUUCUCCGUCGACGCCAUGGCGGCCAGCUUCACCUCCAAGGGGCUCACCCUGGAGGACCUUGUCACCCUCUCAGGCGGCCACACGAUCGGGUCGGCGCACUGCGGCACGUUCCGGGAGCGGUUCAGGUCGGACGCGAACGGGAGCAUGGUGCCCGUGGACGGCACGAUGAACACCGACUACGCGAACGAGCUGGUGCGGACGUGCGUGGCGUCGGCGAGUGCGACGGUGGACUGCGACGAGGGGUCGGCGGCGACGUUCGACAACCGGUACUUCAGCAACCUGCUGGACGGGCGCGGGCUGCUGCGCACGGACGCGGUGCUGGUGCAGAAUGCGACGACGCGGGCCACGGUGGCGGCGUUCGCGCAGAGCCAGGAUAGCUUCUUCAGCAGCUGGGCGAGCUCGUUCGCCAGGCUCACCAGCCUCGGCGUCAAGACCGGCUCCGACGGCGAGAUCCGGCGGCUCUGCUCAAGCGUCAACGGCGGCUGA